AUGCUUCAACCAAAUCUUCUGGGGUCCGUAAUAUUAAUCCUCCACAAAUCCCAUUCUGGCAGCCAGUUUCCGGUCCCACUGGAGCUCGAUCUUCCUCCUUUUGGAGAGAUUGCAGAGGCUCUGCAGGCGCGCAUCCAUUGCAUCGUGCAACUUCCACCACGUUGCGUGUGCCACGUCACUAGCGUACACGUGUUGGUCCCACACGUCCCAAUUGCAGUCGUAGUCUCUGUAACAGUUCCAGGGCUUGAGGCCCAAAUAUACAGCUUCGGAGGGUCCGACCCGAGCAGCUGGUUCUUCACCCCGGCCUCCGUUGACGAGUUUGACCAGAAAUUCUUGAGGAAAUUGACCCGUCUCGGCAGCCUGUGCCACCACACAAACACCUCGUUCAGGAAGCCUUGGUCCCCGCCGUUGUACGAGACAAUCUCCUUCCUCUUCUGCAUCAGCAUAUCGAAAGUGCAAUUCGAAGGCUCUAUCACCAUUAUUCCCGAAUUGAAAAUGGAGGCGUCGUUGCCGGUAGCGGACAUCUGGGGGAACUGGAAAAGGAUGUCGAGGUUGCGUAAAACGAUGAUAGUCGAUGAAGAUGACCUUGUCGUAGUCGGUGAGCUGCCAGAGUCGGAAUUUGCUGUAGUUGUACUCGUUGAGUUCUUCUCGGCGCGUGGGUUUCGUAUGCGGUGGAUGAAUCGGAGGGUCCAGCCGGCCUGGGCGAGUGCGGCCCUUUUGGGUUCGGAGAUGGAGAGGUCGAGGAGGAGGAUUAGGUCUCGGUGGGUCCCACUCCUAAGUAGACUCUGGGCUAGAGUUAUCGCGCCACACACGUACGAUUCGGAUGAGUGGAGGACAGUCGCAUAG